CUUCUCUCGCCCUUUACGGUGACGAGGGCAUCGCAUACAUCCUGAUCAUCUUCUGUUCCUACGCUCACCUGUUUCUUCUUGUUUUGAUUAUCUCGGACCUGGAUUAUCUUCUUCUUGACUUACGAUCUUCGGAAAACCUGGCGCGCUUGUGACGAUCUUCACGAACCUUACUCUUCUUUGCGAAACAAAUCCGGCCGACUCUCAAUAUUCGCGCCGUGCUUUAAUCGAAGAUGUUUAUGGCACAGUUACUUAUAUUCUUCCUGACCUUCGCCGCGCUUGUCCUUCUCACCCUCAUAUCAGUGUCUACGCCGGUCGUCAAACCAUUGUAUUUCCUGCAUACCGCUCAGGCCGGCGGAGUACGUUUUGGGGAGUGGGGCUGGUGUUUAGAUGAUGGGUCGAGCUGUUCCGAAAGAGCGCUCGGCAUUGACUGGUCUCCGGAACUCACACCUUGGCUGACGAAAGCCAUUGUUGUAUAUCCGAUUGCUGCAGGCAUCACAUUCAUCGCCCUCGUCAGCUUCAUCCCACCUCUCUGCUCUUAUCGACGCGAACGUAUGUUCCCAAGCCCAGCGUUCACAUGCCUCGCUCUCGUAUCCUUCAUUGCCUCACUCGUCGCACUCGUAUUCGCCCUUAUACUCUUCGUCACUGCACUACGCCGAUUUCAUGCCCUCGGUUUCGAAGCGAGUCUAGGUCCUAACAUAUGGAUGUCGAUUGGUGCAACGGCUGCACUUGCUAUUGUUACGAUGGGCUCAGGGUGUGGAUGUGCAGGCCGAGGUCGAUUUUCGAGAGCUUCGCCGUAUCUUGCGUAUAACGUCUAGUCUAUUCCGACUAACCAGCCAUCCAUCAGUCCCUUCCCUCCUGUCCGCUUCGUUUUAUCUUCUAGGAAAACUGCAGCAAAAUUUGUUGUAUCUCUAUUCAAUCUCCUCAAACUUGCGUUCACUUUUCAACCUUGGUUAUAGAAUUACGAUAGAUAGACAGCUAUCUUACUUUGUUUUCGUUUUCGUUUUCGUUUUCAUUUUCAUUUUCGUUUUUGUUUUUAAUUGCGACACACUCACCAUCCAAUUUGCUUUCUGAUCUGUUUUGUCUUGUUUUGGAUUAUUUGUGUAACCCAGCAAAACCUGUAUUGAAUAUUUACAAUGUAUGUCUCUAGAUAUGAAAGCG